CUUUCUGGUAUCAAAUCAAUUCAUCAAUCAAAGAAACAAUUCAAGAACGACUUAAACUCAAAGGAACGUGAAUGUUGCCUCAUACAAGAUGGAAAGUAAUUCGAUAGGUUCGGUUUAUGGUCAUAGAACAUCAGAAUAUCUUUACAAUCAUCGAACUACUGUCUCAGCAGCCGUGGCAUCGAUAUGUGCAACUGUCACUGGUUUUCCUCUCGAUUCUAUCAAAUCCAGAUUACAAGUUAAUCGAUAUAACUCCGUAUUAGAUUGUGUUAAGAAAACUUAUGCUCAAGAAGGGACCAGAGGAUUUUAUCGAGGAAUAGCGAUUCCUAUGUUGACGAUCACAGUAGUUCGUACAACCAGUUUUACGAUAUACAAUAAAACAAAAGAAACAUUCGAAAAACAAAACCUAUUUUCACAACCUAUUGUGUCUCAUAAGGCGAUUUCAGGAUUUACUGGAGGUGCUGCUUCUGGAUUAAUGAUUUCGAUUGGCUCUUGCGCUUUUGAAUUAGUGAAAAUUCGUGCCCAAUUAGAAUCUGCAAUUGCUGAAAAACAGGGUAGGGCCAUCAGAAAUUUGAGUACAUGGCAAGGCGCUAUGGAAAUUAUUAGAGCACAUGGAGUUCGGGGCUUAUAUUUUGGCUUUAAUUUACAUUGUCUAAGGGAUACAAUUGGAACAGGACUUUAUUUUAUGGGUUAUGAUUCGAUGAGGUUGAUUGCUGAGCAACGAUUGCAAAAUGAAAACUUACCAUCUCACUCACGGCAAAUCGUCUUACCACCUGCCUUAAUUCCAUUUGUGUGCGGAUCUACGUGCGGUGUUGCCAGUUGGUUUCUUAUCUAUCCAUUAGAUUUGGUAAAAAGUAGAAUUCAAAGGGAUGCUUUAGCCAAUACUCAUGCAAGACAAUCAGCUUCUACAAUUUUCAAAAGUUUGGUUAAACAAGAUGGGUUCACUAAACUUUAUUCUGGUUUAAGUAUUUCGGCUUUUCGUAGUUUUUGUCAACAUGGAAUUAUGUGGACUAUCUUAGAAUCGGUUCGUAGUAAGAUUGAAAACUAUACUGGUCAUUCUGAUUGUGAUUGAAUCAACACAUAUAUAGCAUUAUCUUUUUUUCUUCUUAUAUAGAGCUUAUUUAUUAAUUCGUUUAGAUUCGUUCAUCUCAGAGUUCUUUGUUUUCAUUCAAUCAUUUUGAAUUGGAUUUUGGUGCCUACUUGUAAAAAAUUCACGUCGGU